CAGGCUAAAUGCAUCAGGAAAGUUAGGAUUAGCCAUCCUGCUUCUUAUUACCUCGUUACAUCUUCCCAAAACCAUAUCGUGCAUGUUCGUGAGCAAUGAGUCCUGGCCGGAAGGAAAUGGAAGGAUGGCCCAACGUCAGUGGAUAUCCGUUCACAUAACACACACCGAGGACCACAUCAAACAGCCGUACUGGACUGAUGAGGAAGGUACAAAGAGUAGCAAGUGCUUGAUGCCGAUCACAACUUCCUUCGACGUUCUGAUGGCACCUGCCGACUGGAAGUCCGCUAACUGCAGGAUGUAAUCAUGGCCUGAGGCAGUGUAAAUGUUUACCGUCUCCGAAACAAUCUCCUCUUCUACAAGUUCAACAGAGUUCUCUCGAUAUCUCAUUAUCCUAACCGACUCGGUCGCUCUUCAAAGCUCCCGCCGACAACCGGACAUCCCCCCAACUAGCGUCAAUCAGUACCUCUAUCAACAUAAUCACAGAUUAUUCUCUUACCAUGAGAAAGCAGCUUUACUUCCCUCCUCUCCCACCUAGCGAAGGCGACGAGAGCCCAGAUGUGCCCGAAAGUCCCAGCCCCAGUACUCCCAGAUGCCCGGUACGCAAGCCACCUGUAGUCUGGUACCACGGUCAGCUUGACGAAAUAGCCCAUGAUCUCAAAGACACAAUCUUAGUCGCCCUCGACUUCGAAAUGAUCGACCAUCCAAGGCACCAAAAAGUCCUGUCAGAAUCGCAACGGAUGUCCGAGCUCGGGAUCGCCGUCUACGACCCCCGAGAUGCCGCUGCCUCCGCCACGCAUACAAUCGAGGAAAGACUCCAGAAGAUUCACGUCAGGCAUUACAUCGCCUCCCGCUGGCGCAAAACCACCCCCUUGACCUGCGACGCCUUCAUGCACACCACCUGGCCCGGCAAAGGCGGGAAAAUAGUUGGCCACGUCGCCCACCCCUACGACGGCGUCUUCGCCCGAUCCCGCAUCCGGCCCGCUCGCGCCAUCCGGGACAAACUACAAGAUAUCCUCAACCGCCUGCCCACCCGCGGUCUGACCACCGAAGAGAUCGCCCAAGGCCAGCGAAGACCCGUCAUCCUCCUCUUCUGGGACGCUAGAUUGGAGAUCAAGAUCAUGUCGCAGUGGGGAAUCCAGCUCCCUGAGUACCCUGACCCUGCGGGAAACAAGGCGAAGGUCGAGCUAUGGGAUCUCCAGAAGUGGCAUAACCUCCAGCGGGCCAGGCGGAACGCGGAGACGAGCGAUUCGGCCUACAACUUGCUGGCGCCGCUUGGGGUCCUGGCGUGUGGGCACAAUGCGGGCAAUGAUGUUUUUGCGAUGCUGGCGGCGUUUUUGUACUUGCUUCAUAGCGAGGAGGGGGCGUGGAGUGAGUAUAUGAGGGACUUUACGUGGUUUCCGGAGGAGUAUAUGGUCAAGCUGGAUUGGGUUGAUCCGGAGGUUGCGGAGUUCAAUGAGCGGCUGGAUCCGAAUUGGGAGAUUGGGUCGUGCUUGGGAUGCUUUCUUUGACCGACGUGUCUUGUUUGGUUUGGGGAGCGGUUACUUGGAGGUCGGCAGUACUGGCCAUACACUGGCAUACGGCAACAGAACUGGAAGACAGGCCCUGGGCACUGCAUAGUCGGAUUGGUGUUGUUCGUUUUGGAUACUGGAGGCGGUCAAUACUUGCCUUGCACACGGGAUACAGGUUAGAAUGAAUGCAGGGAAUCAUGGA